CAGGACAGGAGGAGCAUGUUACAGUAGUGUACAAAAACCAUGCUGAUAAUAACACAACAGUAGAGGCGACUCUUGACGGAAAGUGUCCAUUUUUUUUAUUUAAGACUCAGUUUAAACAAACAGAUGAGAUGUCGUGUUUUGAUGGUAAUCCUAACUUCUGUCCUGAGUGUGGGUCUGUCCUUCCUCUGCCAGGAAUACAUGACACUGUCCUCUGUCCCCGCUGCUCCUUCUGCAUCCCUGUAGCAGAGUUUGCAGGUCAGGAGAUUCGCUCGACUGUCGUCUUCAACCCUGUGGAGCAGUCGGCAGUGACUGUGGACGAUGUGGACGAUUCUGACCUGAAGGGACCUGUGAUUGACAGACGCUGCUCUCGUUGCAAUAAAGAGGGGAUGGUUUACCACACCAGGCAGAUGAGAUCUGCAGACGAGGGACAAACGGUCUUCUUCACGUGUGUACACUGCAGGUAUCAAGAGAAAGAGGACUCCUGAGGAAAGAAAAAACAACUGCUGCAUAUUUUCUCCAUGUUUGGUUGUGUCAGUUUUUCAGAUGUGAGGAACAAAUUGUGCCAUUUUUUUUUGUAAAUAAAUCUUUACAUUGCAAAGCA